AUGUUCCAGGCCCCACCGAAAGCAGUAGCGAAGAAGGCUGUCACACCAGCCAAACCAGUACCCAAAGCGGCUAAAAAUGGCAAAGCAGCAAAAAAAGCAGAAAGCGAAGAGGAUGAUGACUCCGGUAAGAACGUGUCAUUUUAUGUACGUUGACUAUAAAGAUAAUUUUAAUGGUAGAUAUUAAAUUAAGCUCUCACUCAGCAGCAUUCAUUUUUAAACAAACUAUUUAAACACAAUUGAUAUAUUGUUGAAAUAUUAUUUGUAAGGAUACUUGUAUGGACCAUCAACAAUUGUAGUUUUGGUGAAUGAAAUUACACUGCCCUGACACUUAAUGCCAUUUCAGAGGAAGAGUCUGAGGAGGAAGCCCCCCCACCCAAGAAGACCCCAGCCAAAGCCACACCUGCAAAGAAAGCUCCAGCCAAGGCAGAAGAGUCAGAUGAUGACGAUGAUGACGACGACGACGAUGGUACGAGUCCCCCCCCCCCCCCCCCCCCCCCCCCAUAUUUAUUCUUAUUGGGUUGGGGGCACAAGGGUUAUAGUUUGACAGAGUAUACAUUUACUUGACUACUAGGAACCAGGAUCCCCUCCAUUUCUUGGCACACCUGUAGUUGCUCGGUACUCAUGUGUGAUUGUACGGAGGUAGAACAAAGCCAGUGCUAUGUCUUCGGUACCAGUGUGUUAUUGUCUACUGGUCCUAUCCUCAAUCGCUGGCACACUUACAAGUAAUGAACUGGGCCUUUACAAUAAACCUGUAGAAUAUGUUUUAUUCAAAUUGGCCUGGGGCCUCAGCUUUAAGUGGUUUCUACCACAGACUGCAAAAGCUGAUGUUUUUUAAUGUUACUCUUUUAUAUGUAGAUGAAGAAUCAGAGGAGGAGGCCCCACCCCCAAAGAAGGGUGCUGUCAAGCCCUCAGUGAAGGUCACUGCAGCCAAGGAGGAGUCUGAUGACGACGACGACGAUGGUAAGGAUGGGGGCCCGCUGCCGAUCUUGAGCGGUGCACGUAAGUCUUGUCAAGAAUGGGCGGCAUGCAAAAUCGGGGUAGUACAUUCAAUGUGGUACAGGCCACACUGGCAGAUAGUGGUCAUCUGAGUGCGAGCACACUUGAUGAACAACAAGGGACUUAAUACUGAAUGUAUUUGAUGUCGCUACUUAUUUGAUCUGAUGUGCCCAAUCCCUGGUUAGUAAAUUGCCUGUGGUUGUUGAUUUGGGUCUCUUGUGAGGCUAACGCCAUCUGCUGUGCCUUCCAGACUCUGAGGAAGAGGAGAUGGACACCACCCCGGCCCCCGCAGCAAAGAAAGCAGGCAUGGUUAAGGCUAAGGAGGAGUCUGAAGAUGAUGAUGAUGACGAAGAUGAUGAUGAGGAUGACGAGGAGGAUGAUGAUGAGGAAGAUGGUAAGUAAUAGUGACUUGUCUUUUUUUUCUUCCUCCUUUCUCCUCUUUCAUUCAUUUGGUGAAAGGGGUGACUUGGACUCCGGCGGUCGUCGCAAUCUGGGGUUAUUGCACGUUCACGUGUUAGUCGGAACUCUGAAAUGUCCGUAGAUAAACACGUGCCACUUAUCAACCAGUUAUCAAGUCGGACAUUUCAGUUUCCCUAGUUCUGACUAGCAGGUGAACGCGACAUUAGCCCCAGCUUACACCUUUUGGUGUUGGCACAUCUAAGGGAGAAAGGGCUUGGACUGAAAUGCAUCAAGGCCAUAGAUUUUUAUUUUCAGGGCCAGUUAUGACGCAAACGUUUCUUCCUGACACUGACGAUUUCAAAGAUAUUUAAGUACAGAGCUGGUCUAUACAAAAGGUCCCCUCCCACCUCUGUUAUUUGGUGAAGGUUUUUGAGUCAUAUUCAGGUUGUUUUGUUUCAGAGGCCCCAGCGACACCUGCAAAGAGAAAGGCUGACAACAAAAAGGAGACCCCGCCUGCCAAGAAGGCCAAGUCAGAGAGCGACGGUAACGCCUUACAUUCAGCCCUUCAACACCAGCUCCAACAUUUAACCACAGUACACAUGAUGAACAACAAGGGACUUAAUACUGAUUCAUUUGAUGUCACCUUCAUAUUAUUCUGACUGUUCACAGGUUUGCCGUUGAUGACAAUAAUAAUUUAAAGCAUAACCUCAUUGAGAAAUGUUUUCCCCCCUCAGAAACGUUCUGUCUAUUUGUCGGCAACCUGAACUCAAACAAGGACUUUGAUGAAAUCAAAGAAGCCUUGGCAGCUUUCUUCUCAAAGAAGAACCUUGAAGUUCAGGACGUCAGACUUGGCGCAUCAAAGUAAGUGAUGGUGGAUUCCUGUGUUAUGAUGAUCCGCUCAGGACUUCUGAUAAAUAUUAGAAAAUAAUAAUUCCUACUUUCCAAUUGGCCAGACAAAAAUGACUAGUACUUGAUGGGAUAAGCUAGUUGAUUUGACUUUAGUCACCAGGAUCCCCUCCAUUUCUUGGCACACCUGUAGUUGCUCAGUACUCAUGUGUGAUUGUACGGAGGUAGAACAAAGCCAGUGCUAUGUCUUCGGUACCAGUGUGUUAUUGUCUACUGGUCCUAUCCUCAAUCGCUGGCACACUUGAAAAAAAGACAAUGAACCCUAACUGAUGGGUUUUAUAUGCAGUCUUCUAAUGCACACUUAUCUUACGCACCAGGAAGUUUGGCUACGUGGAGUUUGCCUCAGCGGAGGACAUGCAGACAGCCAUGGAGCUGAACGGCAAGAAGUUCAUGGGACAGGAGUUGAAGAUGGACAAGGCCCGCAGCAAAGGGGACUCCCAAGAGGACAAGAAAGGUGGGGUGCCUUUUCCUGCCCCUUGGCGGCAGUAAUAAAGCCAUCUGCGUCCGUUCCAAGUCUAGAUUUACGGUUUUAUUACUUCUGAACAAAGUUAACUUUGCAAUACGUUUUUGUUUCUUGCUUGAACAGAUGCUAGGGUUAUAUUUGGUUGUGAUCUUUGCAAAAUAACUAUUUUGGAUGCAGCAGUUGGCGAAGAGCCGUUUUUUUACUGGUUGAAGUAUUUGCGAUGAUGACAAACAUAUUAGGCAGGACUUCAUACGAGCCUUAAGAACUCCCCCGUGUUCUGCCACCGACUUGUGCACAUCACCCUCUUGUGUCAAUGUUUGCAAACCAAACCAGUCUAUACUGUACCAUCACCAUGGGAAUGUACAUGCUCACCGUCUCUCUUCUAACAGACAGGGAUGCACGGACCUUGUUUGUGAAGAACCUGCCCUUCUCGGCCACACAAGACGACCUGAGGGAAGUGUUUGCGGACGCCGUUGAAAUCAGAAUACCCCCGGGCCAGGAUGGUUCCAACAGAGGGUGAGGACCCACCUUUUUUCCCCCUGGUUAAUGUAUUUGCAUUGUGUAUCUGUUCUCGGAUUAGUAAACAUAACCAAAUUGUAUUUUCCCCCCACAGCAUUGCCUACAUUGAGUUCAAGACUGAGGCCGUUGCGGACCAGAUGCUAACAGAGGCCCAGGGUGCCGAUGUCCAGGGACGCUCCAUCAUGGUCGACUACACAGGCAACAAAAGCCAGAAAGGAGCCAGACCACCAGGUACGCAGCACCAACGAGAGGAUGUUUUUAAGUUCUUCGAUCAGGACCAGUCGUGAUGCAAACUUCUCUUCCUGAAACUAUGUGACGAUUUCAAAGAUAGUCAAGUACUGAAAAUACUGGUCUGUGCAAAUAUACUUUCAUAGUGCUGGUGCACGCCAACAUUCACCCUGAUAGCCCAUCUUGCUCCUUAUUCGCUCUCAGCCCAGGCAGCUGCUGAAAGCAAGACCCUCAUCGUGAACAACCUGUCCUACAGUGCUACAGAAGACUCACUCCAGAGUGCAUUCGAAGGGGCCGUUUCCAUCAGAGUACCACAGAACAACGGCAGGCCCAAAGGGUGAGUGGGGGGGGGGGGUUCCCGUUGCACAGCUGCAUCAAUAUUUCCUGUUUUUUUGGGGGGGGGGCAAACCGUAGUGUUCUAUUGGAUGGGUCAGACCACACCAUCAGGGCUUCUCAUGAGCUCCUCUCUGCCAAUCAGUGGCGUUGUACGGAUUCGCACGAGAAGUAGAGACUAAUCACAAAUUGAACAGGCACCCUUAAUCUCAACAGGUGUUGCCCAUGUCUGCUGUGAAACAAUUUAACGCUUCAUCAAUUAACACCCCCCCACCUCCAAGUGUUUAGUAAAGUUCCUGAAACUAUUUCUGUCUCCUGUGCAGGUUUGCCUUUGUGGAGUUUGAGAGUGCGGAGGCAGCCAAGGAGGCGUUGGAGAACCUUAAUGGAACCGAGAUCGAGGGCAGGCAAAUCCGGCUAGAGUACAGCCAGAACAGUGGCGGCAGAGACGCUGGAGGCAGAGGAGGAUCCGGUAGGUUUUAUACCCUUAUAGUGGUUAGAUCUGAACCUUCCCCCAUUUCUUCAGAAAUGUUUAGAAGUCGCUCUGGAUCAGAACGUCUGCAAAAUGACUGAAAUGUAAAUGAUCGUACCAUUGUUAACAUUUUUUCCCUCCUUUGCCAGGAGGUCCCACAAAAACCCUGUUUGUCAGAGGGCUUUCUGAAGACACCACAGACCAGUCGCUCAGAGACGCCUUUGACAGUGCCACCGGGGCCAGAGUGGUCACAGACCGUGACACGGGCAAUUCUAAAUGGUAAAUGGUCGCUCUGGAUGAGAGCGUCCGCUAAAUGACUUAAAUGUGUUAAUUGUCACACUGCUAUAGCCGUUAACUUCUCAUGAGCUCCUCCUGUCCACACAGUGACGGUGAAUGGAUUCGCACGAGAAGUAGAGCCAAAUCGCAGUCAAACAGGCGCCUACCUUGACCUCAGUGGCAGUUUGCCCAUGUCUGAUGUGAAACACAAUAUAGACGGUAGCAGUAGCAUGUAGUUGUUACUGAAGGAGGGCUGCAUUUGCAUUGCAAAUCAAUUGUGCUUUUGAGGUGUCGCCAUUUUUGCUUUUCUGCAGACAUUAAUUUCUCUUUCCUCCCUUCAAUUCUUUCAACUUCCUGCCCCCCCCCCCAGCUUUGGAUUUGUCGACUUUGACAGCGAGAACGACUGCAAGGCAGCCAAAGAGGCCAUGGAGGGCGGCGAGAUUGACGGCAGCAGCGUGAACCUGGACUACGCCAAGCCCAAGGGCGACAGCGGUGGAUUCCGUGGGGGUCGGGGGGGCUUCGGCGGUGGCAGGGGAGGUCGCGGUGGUGGAUUUGGCCGUGGUGGUGGCGGCGGCGGUUUCGGCGGUGGCAGGGGAGGUCGCGGCGGCGGAUUCAGGGGGGGUAGAGGAGGUGACCGUGGGGGUGGACGUGGUGGGUUCAGAGGUAAGAUUCGGUGUGGCUCUUGUUUAAAGUGUUGCCUAGCUCCUGUUUGGACCAGAUAUGAUGGAUACUUUUCACUCUGAUACCCUGUGAUGAAUCUCAUAGAUAGUAGGUACUGAUCUGGUCUAGCAGUUGGUAAUACUCUGUGCUGCUUUCAAAGGAACGGACCAUGACUUGUUUUUUUCUUUCCCCCCCCUAGGUGGAAGAGGCGGUGGAUUCGGAGACAAGCCCCAGGGCAAGAAGAUCAAGUUUGACGAUUAA